AUGUUUUCCAAUGAAAGAGCUGUGAUACUGGCUUCAUCGGGAACGCCUUCAGUAGAAACCGAGUAUUCGGACAUUCUUGGAGAAAUGACCUACAAGGAAACGAGCGUACGAAUGAAGACAGGAGAUAUCACAACGUUCUGCAAACUUGAAGAGCUGGGAAGAUGUCUUGGCAUACGUUUUCUGACUACUUUCAUUUGUCGUUCUACAGAAAACCCUCACCGUACACUUCACAUUCGUUACUACGAUGAGCUCAAAGCGAACGGAUCACGAGUCAUUCGGGAUCCGCCUGUAUCUGUCCGAUCCAGCAAAGGCGCCAGGUCUCCUUCAUCAAAUGGAUAA